GCGCUCCGAGUCAAACAAGAGUUCUGCCUUAAGAUGGCGGCGGGGGCUUCAGAUCUGUUGGACGAUGUGUUCUUCUCAGACGUGGACGAGAAAGUGGUGAGCGACUUAGUGGGGUCCCUGGAGUCCCAGUUGGCGGCUACGGGCCACAACGCGGCGGAACAGGCCGGAAUAAGGGCGCAGGUGGUGAAUAAUCACGUGGAAAACACACCCGGGAUGGUGAGCAAUAAUGUUGAGCUGCAAACAGCAGAGAACAAAAUGGGACUGGCAGGAGCAGAGCUUUCCACCGCAGCCAAAAUCAAAGUGGAGGAGAGCUCCGAAGGGAAAAACGUACAGAUUAAUUCUCAGAAUGCAUUCGGCGGCGGGGUUUUGCCCUGCACGACGGCGGGGAGUGGGGCACAGCAAAGUGCUGUUAUCAAUAAUGCAAGGUCCCAGGCUCCAGGAGUGGAACAAGAGCAGAGUACAGCGGCGGCAACAGUGACAGGAUCAUCAGCAGAAACAUCAGCUUCAGGCAACAUCGGUCAAGGGAAAUCCGUAGUAAUAAGUGCAGUGGCAACCCCAGUGUCCAACCAUGUGAAAACUGUCACCUCCAAUGUACAAACUCUUAAUGGGAAUAAUGGAAUGGUGAUAAACUCUCACAAUGCAGGAAAUGCCACCACUUUCACUUAUUCAGCGGCAGCAACUACCUUACCAGCCGUCACGAUGGUCAAUAAUGGACCUGGAUCUGUUGUUAAAAACACGAUUAAUACAGGGUCGCCAGCGGCAUCCAUGCCGGCCUCUAGUUCUGCUUACACUGUUAUCCAGACGUCUUUUGUCAGUACGCAGAAUGUUCCUUCAACUGUCGUUUCCUCACAGGCAGCAGGACCCACGGUGACAUUGGUGAGACCGCCACCUCACAGUGGCCCAGCUCUGUCAGUUGCAUCGACACCGAACGGUAGCAGUACUAUUUUGAACUCAACGGUUAGUGUAACUAACUUGCCGGCUCCUGCUGCUACUGGGGCUCCCCAUCAGACUUCACUUCUGACUUUAAAUAGUCAACCUUCUAGUUUGUCAAGCAACGUUUCUUUGACUGCUGGUGGACAGGUUAUCAAAUCCGAUUUACAGCCCAAAACUAUUAUACAGCCACCACAGCAGACUCUCACUUCGGGAAUAUUGACAUCAACAACUGGUAGUGCUGCGUCCAGUGUAAACAAUCAGUCAAAUACAAGUACUAUGGUAAUAGGUCAGACUAUACAAAGUGGGCUUCAGAAUGUGGCAUCCAAUCCUGGUGGAAUUUCCACUCAGUCAGCUGGAAUGGGCAAAGGAACCAUUAAUACAGUUGCCCAAACUCUAACAAGGACAGCAGCAGUGAGCACUGGCCCAAGGACAACUAUAACACCACAAGUUAUAGCUCCCCGGCUCCCUCAGCCCCCACAGCAUCAGCCAAACAUUCAAAAUAUUCAAAUUCCCCCAGGAAUGGUCCUUGUGCGUAGCGAGAGCGGGCAGUUGAUGCUGAUUCCUCAGCAAGCUCUGCAGCAGAUGCAGUCACAAGCUCAGUCUCAAGGGGCACUCACUUCCCGAUCUGCCACACCUACUAGUGCUCCUCCAGUUCAGAUUUCAACUGUACAGGCACCAGGAACACAAAUAAUUGCACGGCAAGUAACACCUACAAUCAUCAAACCAGUUUCUCAGACACAGACAGCAGUACAAGUGACAACAGCACUUCAGCGACCUCCAACUGUACAGUCUCAGAUUGUAAUAAGUGGAGCAACAUCUGCAGCCUCUAUAGGGACAGCAACAACAGUCCAACCAGGAACACCACAGAGAACUGUGCAGACAUUGACAGCAGCCACAGGUGCUCCGACAUCACAGAUAUUGCAACCCACUGCUUCAGCGGAAACAAUGGAAAAUGUGAAGAAAUGCAAGAACUUUCUGUCUACAUUGAUCAAAUUAGCUUCAAGCGGGAAACAGUCAACUGAAACAGCUGCCAAUGUCAAAGAACUGGUGCAAAAUUUAUUGGAUGGGAAAAUUGAUGCAGAAGACUUUACUAGUCGGUUAUAUAGAGAGCUCAAUUCAUCACCUCAACCAUAUCUUGUGCCUUUCCUGAAGCGGAGUUUGCCAGCCUUGCGCCAACUCACUCAAGACUCGCAGGCUUUUAUUCAGCAAAGUCAACAACAGUCCUCAACUCAGACCACAACAGCAUUGACAGCAGUGGUACUAGGAAACACUGUUCAGCAGCGACCUGUAGUACGGACAACUACUUCUACAGCUACAGUAACUAGCACCCUCCAACAUCCGGUGUUAAGUCUAGCACAACCUGGACAGUCAGUGCAAGCUGGCAAGGUUUUCCAACAGCAGCAAGGAACACUGGCCAGACCACAGGUGACUCUGACACAAACACCCAUGGUUACACUUAGACAACCUCAGAAUCGCAUCAUGUUAACUGCACCUUCACAGGUGCAGUUGAAGCAACUUCAGACAGUUCCUGUUAUGAAACAGACAGUGGUGCCAGGAAGUAAAGCCGGUUUGACUUAUUCUGUCCAGACUUCAGUUGUACAAAAAAACAAGCUUAAAGAAGCAGCAGCAGCAGCGGCAGGUGGUUCUUUCAGGGAUGAUGAUGAUAUUAAUGAUGUGGCAUCCAUGGCUGGAGUUAAUCUCUCUGAAGAAAGUGCACGAAUUUUGGCAACAAAUUCAGAAUUGGUGGGCACUCUGACAAGAUCAUGUAAAGAUGAAGCAUUCCUGUUUGCUGCUCCAUUGCACAGAAGAAUGUUAGAAAUAGGCAAGAAACAUGGAAUUACCGACGUUCAUCCUGAUGUAGUAAAUUUUGUGUCACAUGCCACCCAACAGAGAUUACAAACACUUGUAGAAAAGAUAUCGGAAGUUGCACAACAAAGAAACAUCACAUAUAAGGAGGAUGACAGGUACGAACAGUUAAGUGAUGUAAGGUCACAGCUCAAGUUCUUUGAACAACUGGAUCAAAUAGAAAAACAGAGAAAAGAUGAACAAGAAAGGGAAAUUCUAAUGCGAGCAGCAAAGUCUCGCUCCAGACAAGAGGACCCUGAACAACUUAGGCUAAAACAAAAGGCCAAAGAGAUGCAACAACAGGAACUGGCUCAAAUGAGACAGAGAGAAGCAAAUUUAACUGCUUUAGCUGCCAUUGGUCCCAGAAAGAAACGGAAGGUUGAUUCACCAGUACCGGGGAUUGGCGCUGGGGCAGAGGGACCUGGUACGGGCGGGACACCAGGUGGCUCUGGAGUUGGAACAACCAGACAGUUCACACGACAACGAAUAACAAGAGUCAACCUCAGGGACCUCAUCUUCUGCUUGGAGAAUGAGCGUGAGACAAGCCAUUCACUAAUGCUAUACCGUGCAUUCCUUAAAUAAACAUCCUUGGUUGAUUAGUUUUUUUGACCGAGACAACCUUCUGCCAUUUCUUUUUCUUUGCAUUUUUCUGGGAAAGGAGGGGAGGGGGGAAGAGGAAGAGUUGAAGACCAGCUGGAAUUCUGCAAGCAGGAGAAUGUUUGGAAGUUCAGCUUUACAUUAUCUCGUAUGUUUUUAAAGUUUUGAAUCUUAUUUAGAAGAAAAGAAUACAGUGAGACCUGUGGAUACUUUAUUUAUAAAAUAAAAAAAUCUUAUCACUUCUCGUCUCCUGACUGAGUGGCCUUCUUGCCAAACAAGCCAUAUUUAAAAACUGAUUCUGAUUUCACCAGUGUAUAAUUUGCCACCUUCUUGGCAGAUUCGUAGCAACUUGAAACAUUUAAGUAUUCUGUUUUCGAAUCAUUUGACUUAGAAGACUUUGAAUGAUAUCAGUCUGAAGCUAAUGACCUUGCAUUGUUUUACCUUCAAGGGCAUGGAGCAAAAAAUCAUUUUCAUAUUUUUCUGAUUUUCAUCAUUUGUUCCUUUUGCUGUAUUUUUUCCCCUCACAUUAGCCUUUGUAAAUGUAUGGUUUGUGAAGAGUUAGGAGCGUUUGUUCAGUGAUAACUCUACAGUUCUCACCAUGUGAUUUGCAUGUCAGAGGGUUUUCUUCAAAGCCUUCAAGAAGGAUUUUUUUGUGAAUGUUGUUGGGCAUUUGUAAAAAGAAAAAUGCUUUUUUUAUUUGACACAAUACAUGAUGCCGUAAAGGAUUUAAAAAAUAACUUUUCUGCAUAAAUAUACACUUGCACUGUGUUGGCUAUCUAGCUAAUGUAAAACUUUAGUUUAAAGAAAUUUAAGAAAUGGUGAAUUGUGAAAAGGAUUGUUACCUGGUAUGAAUCACGUGUAGAAAACAAUUUGCUGGUGUCUAUCAGUGAGCUAAUAAUUUGUACAUAAUUUUGGCACAUAACAAAUUGCUAUGUAAACCGUAAUUAUUUUGGUAAAAAGACUGUAUGCAAGCAAUGGGCCUACUUAAUGGUAACCAGAGCAAUGUCCCUUCUUUGUAUCUAUUUUUUUAUAAAAAAAAUACUAAAUUUUUCUUUAUAUUUUCAGAGGUUAUUGUAUUAAAUGAUUGUCUAUCAAUAGGACAUUAUGAUUGUAAAUACUUUUGCUUUCUUUGUGUGUAAUUUUAUGUUGUUAAAAGAAACAUUUAAGAUGCUAUUAAGCUGAUGAGUUGUGUGUGUAAACUGAAAACUAAUCAGUAUUUUUACCAAUGCCUGAAAACUGUUACGCCCUUGGUCUUUUACAAAUCCCGUCUUUCCAUUUUUCAUGUAAAUUUUGCACAGUUACUUGUUAAUAUGUAAAUAUUUUACUUUCAAAAAAAGGAAGUUUUUAAUUACUAUUGUUUUAUAUAGGAUUGAAAGAGAAUUAACUCCUUUAUUAAAACAAUGAAUUUAUCUGU